AUGCUUAGGGGCACUAGUGAUGAUGGUCCUAAGUUGAGAGAGGAAAAGCAGUUUCAAGAAUUCUAUAGCGACUUAGAAAAAGACACGUUAUUUCCAGUGCUUGUCCCAAAAGAUGGUGGCUUCCAGGAAAAUGGAAUUGAAAUUUCAGAAGCAGAUCACAUUCAUCAUGCGGAUUCUUCUAAUGGAUCUUCCGAGCCGAAAAUUCAUAUGAAGCAGAUCAUGUUUAAUGGCACAGUUACCCUCGAGCCGAUAAAUUUACAUGUCAAGAAGAAAUCGUUCAAAAAAACUUCGAUACCUAUAUCACAAUUGGACUCCACUCAAAGGGUGCGCUCAAGCCGAGAAAGAGCUUCUGAGAAACGGAAAGGACCUCCAGGUAAUUCGAAACGUAGCAAAGUGGAUGGGCAAUACAUAACCAAGUUCUCUAAAGUGGGGCAACAUGACGAAAGAAGCAUACUGGACCCCACACUUCUAGUUGCAGUAUCUAAAAACUUGAAAAAUUUCCAAACAGAAUAUGAUAUGGAUGAGCAGGAUGACUUAUACCUUCAAUUUUUGAACGAUAAAUAUUCUAAGAAUAAACUGUCGCAUGAAAUAUUCGAGUUGUUGAUGAGUGUGCUGGAAAGAGAGUGGUGCCAUCUGGAGAAACGAAUUCCACCCAGAAAAAUCACAACCAAUACUUGUUCGUCCGACGAUCAUUUACAUACAGGAAGACUUCAUUACGAACUGUAUGGAUCUGACGAUGGAACUGGUAAAACAUCUGAUCAAGCUUGUGCAGUUUGUGGAGGAACUGAUAGUGAUAGCUCAAACGCUAUUGUCUUCUGCGAUGGUUGCGAUGUGGCUGUACAUCAGGAAUGCUAUGGGAUUGUAUUUAUUCCCGAAGGUCAAUGGCUCUGUAGACGAUGCCUCGUUUCCAAAAAUCGCAGGGUUAACUGUCUUUUUUGUCCCAGUCACACCGGUGCAUUCAAACAAACCGACACAGGAUCAUGGGCUCAUAUAGUUUGUGGCCUUUGGAUACCUGAGCUCUAUUUCGCAAACGUUCACUAUAUGGAGCCUAUAGAAGGUGUCGAAAACAUAAGCAGAUCUAGGUGGAAGUUGGUUUGCAGCAUUUGUAAACAAAGGAUGGGAGCUUGCAUUCAAUGCGCCCAUAAAAAUUGCUUUACAGCAUUUCAUGUCACAUGUGCCAAAAGAGCUGGACUCUAUCUGGAUUAUGGCGGCUCUUCUAUUGCUGAGGUAGCUUCCAAUCAAAUUCAUUCUUCUCAUUUACCAACAGCUUAUUGUGACAAGCAUGCACCUGCUAACUGGGCGAGAGCGACGGAAGGUAUUCUUAAAACAAGAAGGUACUUUACAGAGUACAAUGAUAUUAAUGCGGAAUCUAAUUUGCGUGAAAGGAAAGGUGGGUCACAGUAUACUCAAAAAAAAAAUAUAUGGAAAACAAAUCGAGGCACUCCUAUUGCUCCGCAUAUCUUUGCAGAAAUGCUACAGCGUAUACUUGUGCUGCUUAAAAUUCCAAAUGUACAAAUUCUAUCAUACAAUCUUUGCAAAUACUGGUCAAUGAAAAGAGAGAUGAAAAGAGGUGCCUCGUUGGUUCGGAAGUUCGAUCCCAGCUCUUAUAAUAUUCUAGAUGAACAUCAACUACUGGAAAGGCUAAAAGUCACAGACAUCCUGCUUCCAGACUUAUUCAAAUUGCAAAAAUUGACCGAUCUGGUAAGAAGACGGACUCUCGCAAGCAAUGGCAUUUCUGUUGCUGAUCACAACAUUCAGGCCUUGAUCCGUUACCCAGAUGAAUACGUUACGAAGCAUAUAGUUGUCGACAAAUUUAUUUCAUCUGAACCUUUUCAGGUUUUGAAGAACACUCUAGUAAAUGAAGAGUUUCGAAUGAAACUUCUGAAAUGGGAAUCGUGUACCUUGGAGGAUGUUACUUCAUUCAAGGAGGAGAUUUUUAAACUGCUGGCAGAUCUUGAAUCAUCAUCAACACUCAGUCGAGCAGCAUUGGGCAGUGUUAGGAAACUGAAUAGCGUAUUAAUUGAACUUUUGAAACAUGCUAAUUUUACCAAUGCCAAGAAGUUUCUAAUACAAGAUUUUGCAUUUAGUGAAACUCAACCAGAACUUAUUGAACCCAGGAAAUGGAAGGGCCCCUAUCUUAAGGAGGAAGAAGGGCUUAGUGAUGUUGAUGAACUAAGUGCACAAGACCAAAGAAAGUUAAGACAAAUACUGAUCGAAAAGACCGAUACGAAAUAG